AAUUUAAAGAACAUGAAUCCCGUAUUACAUACACUGUAUUGUCCAAUAUAUACAAGUUAGUUAUGCACACACAUAAAUGUGUAGGGUGUGUGUAUCGAAUGUAAUUAAAAGUGCCGGAAUGGGAGCCUCUUGUUUCAGCAUCGUAUGCCUGCUCAGCAACUUCCUCCGCCGCUCAGCGACGGCCGCCGGACUCUCCUCGCAGACGGUGGAGAUCGACGGAGACACCACCAUCCAUUUCUGGGGGCCCACCGCCGCCACUUCAAAACCUAACCUUGUCCUAAUCCACGGCUUUGGUCCUCCGAGCCUAUGGCAGUGGCGUCAGCAAAUCUCAUUCUUCGCCGGAGAAUUCGACGUCUAUGUACCCGACCUACUAUUCUUCGGCGACUCCUUCACCAAUUCCACCGACAGGUCCGAGGUUUUUCAGGCAACUUGUCUCGCCAAACUCCUCGAAAACCUCCAGAUUCAUCGGUACUCAGUGGUGGGGACGAGCUACGGCGGAUUUGUGGCGUAUCUGAUGGCGGCGGCGUCGCCGGAAAAGGUGGAGAAAGUGGUGAUCGCCAGCUCCGCCGUGAACAUGCGGCGGAGCGACAACGACCGCCUGAUGAAGAAAGCAAAAGUCGACAAGAUUGAAGAUUUAAUGUUGCCCACCACCGCUAGCGGGCUGCGGACGCUGCUCGACCUCGUUCUUUUCCGGCGGCCGUACAUGCCGGAGUUCUUGCUCAAUGAUUUCCUCGACAAAUUGUAUUCUGAAAACAGGAAAGAAAAGCUGGAACUAUUGAAAGAAUUGAGAAUUGGACAAGAUGAAGUUGUCACCAUAUCUCCACUUUCACAGGAAACGUUGAUUGUGUGGGGAGAGCAAGAUCAAAUAUUUUUAUUGGAGAAAGCUACGGAACUCAAUAAAUUGUUAGGGGAAAAGGCCAAAUUAAAGGUAAUAAAAAAAGCAUCACAUUGUCCCCAACUUGAACGUGCAGACCAAUUCAACAACAUUGUCAAUGACUUCUUUGUUCAUGGUUUCAAUAUGUAUUGAUCUGUUUUUAUAUACAUGGAAAAAAAUUUCCAUUAAUUUCCUAGUGUUACCAAUUAAGCUUAUUGUGUUUUGGUGAUAAAUAUUUAUAUUUUUGCACUUUAUAGCUUCGAAAGGUUGAUGAAUGAUUUGACAGUUGGUAUUCUAAAAGUAUACCAUUAAAAAUA